AGCUGCGCCGCCUGGCCUCCAUCCUCGUCAGCGACUGGAUGGGCGUCAUCCGCUCCCAGAGCAGCACCCAGCCCACCGGUGAGUCCCCCCCCCAACGAGAUAAAAAGAAGCGAAAAGAGGAAAACAAAAGCAAAACGCCCGUCCAAGAGAAACCCCAAGAAGCCAAAACCGAGGCUAAAACCGAGGAGGUACCAGAGAAGAAGCGGGAGAAACCCAAAUCCCUGCGCACCACCGCUCCCAGCCACGCCAAAUUCCGCUCUACCGGGCUGGAAAUGGAGACGCCUUCCUUGGUGCCCGUGAAGAAAAUGAACUCGUCUUCGACCACCGAUAAAUACAGUCUGAAACCGAUGCCCAUAAAGAGGCAGAAGUGA